AUUCCGAUAUUUAAAGAGAGAGACUCGGCGAGCAGCUGGGAGAGUUGUCGGACAAUAAAACGUCGGGGGUUUUUAUUUAUAAGAAAUAAACCGAUGGAUUUGAAAUUAUCUUAAGAUUUUGUAUCGAGGAGAAGAUUUUAAAAUGUUUAUAAACCAGUGCGAUUGUAAAUUCGUUUAAAUAAUUAAGAAAAAUGGAGACUGUUGAAAUUCGUAGCAUGACAGAUGCCAGAAAUGGAGAAAACUCUGAAGUACAAGAGGGAAGAGUCGAGCAAGUAUGUCGAGAAUGGUUAAUUAGAGAAGAUGGUGUACUGGCUUAUAAGUUGCAAACUGAAGAAAUUGAACAACAUUAUAAUUAUAAUAGACAUAGGAACCGUUUAGUCAGAACAGAUAUGCAAGAAGCAAAAACAGUUCAACAAAUCGAAGAUGAAGAAGCUGAUCUCCAACAGAAAUAUGAACAAAUGCUGCUAGAGCAACAAGAACGAGAUGAUGAACUUAUUGCUCAGAAACUACAAGAACAAUUGACCAAAGAAGACAUCGAAAAACAAAAACAUGUUGAGCAGGAAGAUGAGAGAUUAGCAAGGCAGCUUCAGGAAAAAGAAAAACAUAGGUUAGAAAGAAAAAGACUAGAAUGGGAACUUCGACAAGUCGAAAAAGCUCGUUGUCAACAAUCACCUACUAACAUAAAUAGGGAAAAUGAAUGCUCCACAAGAAAUGAAGUUGAAACUGUCAGUAAAUCAUUUGCUAAAACACAAAUUACUCCACCUGUGGAUUUGCUUGCCAAAGAGGAUAAAGACUCAGAUCUCUCAGAUUUCUGUUUAAAACCCCCACCAGGUCUCACAGAUGAUGAAAUGAAGAAGUUUCAAGAAGAACAAGAUGCAGAAUUGGCCAGGCUUUUGCAAGAACAAGAAACAAAAAGACGUGGACCAAAUUUUAAAGACAGACAGCUUGCUAUUGAAGCACAAGAUAGAGAAUUAGCAAGAGUGUUACAAGAGCAAGAAAGAGCAAAAGCAAAGAAAGCCAGGGAGAAGGCCCGACAAAAAGCAAUGUUACAGCAACAGCAACAACAGCAAGAGAUGGAAACAAUUGAAGAAGUUAGCAGCACUUCUCCAGAUUCGAAAGAUGGACUUGAUCAUCCAAAUUUAGACCAUAGACUUCAUCAGGAAAUGGAUAGGAGGUAUUAUGAAAAUUAUUUAUAUUUAAAUGUGCAUAAUAUCAUGAUAGUGUUCAGAAUCAUUAGAUUAGCAAGGCAGCUUCAGGAAAAAGAAAAACAUAGGUUAGAAAGAAAAAGACUAGAAUGGGAACUUCGACAAGUCGAAAAAGCUCGUUGUCAACAAUCACCUACUAACAUAAAUAGGGAAAAUGAAUGCUCCACAAGAAAUGAAGUUGAAACUGUCAGUAAAUCAUUUGCUAAAACACAAAUUACUCCACCUGUGGAUUUGCUUGCCAAAGAGGAUAAAGACUCAGAUCUCUCAGAUUUCUGUUUAAAACCCCCACCAGGUCUCACAGAUGAUGAAAUGAAGAAGUUUCAAGAAGAACAAGAUGCAGAAUUGGCCAGGCUUUUGCAAGAACAAGAAACAAAAAGACGUGGCCCAAAUUUUAAAGACAGACAGCUUGCUAUUGAAGCACAAGAUAGAGAAUUAGCAAGAGUGUUACAAGAGCAAGAAAGAGCAAAAGCAAAGAAAGCCAGGGAGAAGGCCCGACAAAAAGCAAUGUUACAGCAACAGCAACAACAGCAAGAGAUGGAAACAAUUGAAGAAGUUAGCAGCACUUCUCCAGAUUCGAAAGAUGGACUUGAUCAUCCAAAUUUAGACCAUAGACUUCAUCAGGAAAUGGAUAGGAGCUUUAUUGAUGAUGAUGAUGAAGCAUCCACUUCUGGAUUACCAAAUAAAGCUGUUCAUAACAUUGCCAUGGUAAUUGAUCCAACAUAUAAUCGUCAGAAAGCACAAAGUCUUGGAAGUCCUCAGAAUUCAUUAUGUAAUACUCCCACAUCAUCACCAAAUAGGGCUGUUCCCCAGUGUCCAGGCGAUUCUUUAAUUAACUGUGGUGUUAAUAAUGGAUAUUUUGAGUGUGGUGAAGAAGAAGAAUGUGAAGGAGCAGUUCCACCUUAUAUGCCCAUUCAAGGACAACGUAGGACAUCAUCUUUAGAUAAAGCAAAGAAAAAGAAAAAAGAAAAAGAUGGUUGUAAGACUCAGUAACAUAUUUGAUUAUGGUUACGUUUGAAAAAA